GGAGGAAGGAGGAUGAUGGGAGCGAACGUUAUUCCCUUUGAGUGACCCAUAUCUGCCAGCAGACCCAGAUAUUAUCCAGGAUAGUUCCUGUUCUCGAGGAUUUUUCUCCGCCAACAUGUCGGCUUCGGCGAUAUUUAUCCUCGACCUGAAGGGAAAGGUGCUAAUAUGUCGCAACUAUAUGGGAGAUAUGGACAUGAAUGAGAUCGACCACUUCAUGCCCAUCCUGAUGAAGAGAGAAGAGGAGGCUGAGAUGACGCCGCUGGUCACGCAUGGAUCCUCACACUUCCUGUGGAUCAAGCACAGCAACCUCUACUUGGUGGCGAUGACGAAGAAGAAUGCCAACGCUGCUCUGGUGUACUCCUUUCUUUAUAAAAUUGUACAGGUAUUUAAAGAAUACUUCAAGGAGCUAGAGGAGGAGAGCAUUCGAGACAACUUUGUGACCGUGUAUGAGCUGAUGGAUGAAGUGAUGGACUUUGGUUUCCCUCAGACAACAGACAGCAAAAUCCUACAAGAAUACAUCACCCAGCAGGGUCAUAAAUUAGAAGUUGGCGCUCCUCGACCUCCUGCCACCGUCACCAACGCUGUAUCCUGGCGGUCAGAGGGCAUCAAGUACAGGAAGAAUGAAGUUUUCAUGGACGUCAUUGAGUCAGUAAAUCUACUGGUGAGUGCAAAUGGCAGCGUCCUGCGCAGUGAGAUAGUCGGCACCAUUAAGCUCAAAGUGGUCCUCUCCGGGAUGCCUGAACUCAGAUUGGGACUGAAUGAUAAAGUGCUGUUUGAGAUCACAGGCAGAGAGAAGAGUAAGACGGUGGAGCUGGAGGAUGUGAAGUUUCAUCAGUGUGUCCGUCUGUCACGCUUUGAGAACGACCGCACCAUCUCUUUCAUCCCCCCCGACGGCGAAAGCGAGCUCAUGUCCUACCGGCUGAACACGACGGUAAAGCCGCUCAUAUGGAUUGAGAGCGUGAUUGAGAAGUUCUCUCACAGCCGUGUGGAGAUCAAGGUGAAGGCUCGGAGUCAGUUUAAAAGCCGCUCCACUGCCAACAACGUGUCCAUCCUGGUGCCUGUGCCCAGUGAUGCAGACUCACCCAAGUUCAAGACGAGCACAGGCAGCACCAAGUGGGUGCCUGAGAAGAACGUGGUGCAGUGGAAUAUCAAGUCUUUCCCAGGUGGGAAGGAGUACAUGAUGAGAGCUCACUUUGGGCUACCCAGUGUGGAGAGUGAAGAGGUGGAGGCUAAGAGACCGAUCACUGUGAACUUUGAGAUCCCAUAUUUCACUGUAUCUGGGAUUCAGGUACGUUACCUGAAGAUCAUAGAGAAGAGCGGAUACCAGGCAUUACCAUGGGUGCGCUACAUCACACAAAGUGGAGAUUACCAGCUCCGGACAAACUAAAGGGCACAGAUGCUGCUAGACGAAUGGAUAUUUUCUCUCUCUGUCUGUCUUCCUCACUUCGCCUCUCCUCACUCUGCUUCUCCGACUCUCUGGCUGAACUGGACAGCAGAGGACAAGUGCAUGAGGAUGCCUGAUUUUUUUUUUUUCUCAUUUCCCACAAAAACAAAAACAAGACAUUUUUCUUUUCCCAUCAGAUGGUUUCAACUCAGACAGGAGAGACUGCCGCACCACCUGUGGACUGACCUGUGAUUAUUUUCUAAAGGCCUCCUCAGGACUCCGACUAAAUGUUUUAAUAUGUGAAUAAUGAACUGAUGACUUUGUGACACAGUCUGGUCCUGACUACAUCUCACUUCCUCACUGCUAAUGUAGUGUCUUUUAAUGUAAUUUAGACCCAGUAAUAGUCAAAGUACAUUAUUUUUC